CCCUUUUGUCUGGUAUAUAAUAUUAUUCUUGUAUCCGGCCUAGGUUGAUGUUGAGGAUAGAGAACAUUUCCAAGUGCCCCCAGCUCCAUAUAAAUACCUCCAUGAUUAUCAUUACGGAAAAUUAUUCAGGCCAAACAAGAUUGAUAAAAUAGCCUGCAUUUUUUGUGCCUGAAGGUACAUAUAUCUGGCUUUGGCCCCUCUUUAGUAUAGAAUUAUAAACCUACAAACCUCCCCUUUGUUUCGCUUCCAAGAUUACUGAUCAUCGUACAUAUCUCGGACGACAAGGUUAAAUUCCGGCAUGGGAUUUCAGGAGGCUAUAAUUCGAAGCUAUGACGGGCUGGCGGAUAGAGGAAGAGUGGAAGAUCUCGAACGAAGAUGUGAAGUAGGGCCAUCCGAACGUGUGUUUCUCUUCACCGAUACGAUGGGUGACCCCAUAUGUAGGAUCAGAAGCAGUCCGAUGCACAAGAUGCUGGUGGCUGAGUUGGACAACCAGUUGGUUGGGGUCAUCCAGGGCUCUAUAAAGGUGGUCACAGUUCAUCACAACAAGCCACCACCUAAUGAUCAGGCCAAAGUUGGCUACAUCUUAGGCCUCAGGGUUUCACCGCUGUAUAGAAGAAAAGGAAUUGGGUCAAACCUUGUGAGCAAAUUAGAAGAAUGGUUCAUAGACAAUGAUGCUGAUUAUGCAUACAUGGCUACGGAGAAAGAUAACCUUGCGUCAGUCAGACUUUUCAUAACAAAGUUUGGCUACAUCAGGUUCCGGACGCCGGCGAUUCUGGUGAACCCGGUUCGUUACAGGCCCCGCCACGUGUCUUCCAACGUUGAGAUUGCAAAGUUGAAGGUUGAAGAAGCUGAAUAUCUCUACAGAAAGUGUAUGGAAAAUACUGAGUUUUUUCCUCAUGAUAUAGAAAAAGUGCUUGGGAAUAAGCUGAGUUUGGGGACUUGGGUGGCUUACCCUAGAGGAGAGUUGAGAGAUUUUGGGGUAAAUGGUCAUUUACCUGAAAGUUGGGCUAUGCUUAGUGUGUGGAAUAGUGGGGAGCUUUUUAACCUGAGGCUAGGGAAUGCACCCUUAUCUUGCUUAAUGUAUGCAAAAAGUUGGAAAUGGAUGGCUAGGGUUUUUCCUUGCUUUAAAUUACUGCCUUCCAUGCCUGAUUUUUUUAUCCCUUUUGGAUUUUACUUCAUGUAUGGGUUGCACCAUGAAGGACCAUUGUCAGGGAAAUUGGUGAGGGCUCUCUGCCAGUUUGUGCACAACAUGGCUGCUACCACUUCCGAGAAUUGCAAGGUUAUAGUGACAGAAGUUGGAGGCUGUGAUCCAGUGAGACAUCACAUCCCACAUUGGAAAUUGCUCUCAUGUUAUGAAGAUUUGUGGUGCAUAAAGGCCUUGAAAAGUGAAGAUAGAAGAACUAAUAGUGUCCAUGAAUUCACAAGAACCCACCCAACAAAAUCUCUCUUUGUAGAUCCAAGAGAGGUAUGAGACAACGGAACUUCUGCCAUGCAUGCAAAAUUUGAGCUUUGUCUGAACUGCUAAUUAUGUUGAUCUAACGGUUCAAACAGUGUUCGUAUGGCAGACGUUCUCCAUUCACGCAAAAUCUCCUGAGUCAUGAUGAACUGAACUUCUUUGGCCCUUUGCAGCAUAGGCUGCUUUGUUGCAGAAAAAAAAAAUUGAAAAAUGUUGAGAGAAGCCAAACUUAACCCCACCUCAUAAUGUUUUCUUUGAUAUAAGUCUUACCCUUCAUUCCAUGUCCACUGUGUUUGGAGCUUUUCUCUUGUUCCUUUCACGUCGUGACACAAAAUCUCGAUAGAUUUCCCCUCCCUUUACUUAAUUAGGUGCCACCAUCGGUGUCCUUUGUGUGUUCGUGAUUUUGAUUUUGCGUUUUCAUGAUUCAAACUUAUCAAUUAGGCCAAGGUGGUCCAAAUUUUUGUACCCAUCUCCUUCUGAGGUAAAGAUUUUAGCUGGACCCUCCAAUGCUUCUGUACUGUCACAUUCUUGGAUAGACAGCAUAACGUGCCAUUGUAUAACCCCAUUUAAAUUGAAAGCAAUACAUAUAACAUGCUUUGUAGUA